UGUGGAGCUAGCAAGUUAGCUAGUACCCGGAUAGUACAUCAGAAGUGGACGUUCCAACAGGGGAGAGUUUGUGUUUUGGUUGUUUUUCAUUAGAUAUCAGAAAUGUCUUCUUUUAGAAAAGCACUGAAAUCAAAUCAACGAAACCACCAGGAGCGAUCCCAGCCUGGUUUCAGAAAACAUCUGGGAUUUCUCGAAAAGAAAAAGGACUACAAACUCCGAGCUGAUAACUACCACAAGAAGCAGAACACCCUCACUGCCCUUCGGAAGAAGGCGGCAGAGAAGAAUCCAGAUGAGUUCUACUACAAGAUGAUCAGCACGCAGCUGAAGGAUGGCGUGCACAUGAAGAAGAAGAAGAGGGAGGAAGAGGUGGAGGUGACCGAAGAGCAGAGGAAGAUCAUGAGGACACAGGACAUUAAAUAUGUGGAGAUGAAGAGGGUGGCAGAGGCCAAGAAAAUCGAGCGGCUGAAGUCGGAGCUCCACCUGCUGGACGCGGAAGGCAAACAGAAGAACAAGCACACCUUUUUCAUGGACACCAGGAGAGAAGUGAGAGAGUUUGACCUGGCCCGACACCUCAACACCGCCCCGGAGCUGCUGGACCGGGUCUAUAACCGGCCCACCCUGGCCACACUGGAGGGCUGCAGUCUGCAGGGGGCCACCCGGCCCUCUGAGCUCAAGAAACUGGCCAGACAGAGGCGGCACCAGUACAAGAUUCUGUCGCAACGCGUCGAGCGGGAGAAGCGGAUGUUCGUCGUCGGCCAGAAGAUCCAGGUUCGCAAAGACCUCUUGGAUAAAACGAAGAAGCUGAAGGUGAAGAAGGAGACGGCGACCACUCCAGCCGUCUACAAGUUCGAGGCCAAGAGAAAGCGCUGACGCCGCUGAUCCAGGAUCAGCCCUGACCUGACCCCAGCCACUGUGUGGUCGGCCAUUUUAUAGCAGCGACCUGGACCCGGAUCAGCUCCUAACACGGCAGCCAUUUUGUGCCCCGGGGGGGGGGGGGAAAGGACCCUGGCUGAGGAGCACUGAACUCUGGAGGAAAUCCUUGCGUGGAUUAAACCGGCCGAAUUGAGUGUUCGUACUUAGUUUUCUCCCUUUUAUUUAAGACGAAACAAAUGACUAAUUUGCUGCUUGUUUAUAAGAUGCCCCCUGAUGAAAGGCUUUGUGUAUUAAAAUAGUUUUUCUUAUCA